AUGGCAACCCCUAUUUUUAAUAGACUUUCUAGUAGCGAUUCAAUUGAGAUUGACAGACAUUUCUCGAAAAUCUAUUACUUCGUAUUCGAUUCUCUUGUAUCAACUGUCGCCGGAAGUAAGGAUAUGGAUAUCUCCAACAUAGCAAGGAAGCUUGAUCUCGCUAACAACAAGGUUGUGGUCCGAAAAGCAGCGGAGAUUCGCCGUCUUUGCGAUGCUCAGUUUGAUUCAUCCAUCAUCGGCGUUGGUGAGAUCUGUAAGGCUGUGAUAUGUCUGGAAAUCGCAGCGUCUCGAUUGGACGUUAUUUUCGACCGACACACAGCGAUUAAAUUGAGUGGUAUGUCUGAAAAGGCGUACACCAGAUCAUUCAAUAGCCUCCAAAACGUUAUCGGAGUCAAGAUUAAGCUUAAUGUUAAAGAACUGGCGAUUCAGUUUGGAUGCGUUAGGAUAAUCAAAUCCGUGCAAAAUGUGCUAUCUUCGUACAAGGAGAGGUUUCUUGCGUCGCUACCAGCGACAAGAAGAGCAAAUGCUGAUUUCACUAGACCUGUAUUUACAGCUGCUGCUUUCUAUUUGUGUGCUAAAAAGCAAAAGCUCAAGGUAGAUAAAGUUAGGCUGAUUGAGGUUUGUGGGACAUCAGAAUCUGAAUUCUCUUGUGUCUCAACUUCCAUGAUGGAACUUUGCUUUGACUCUGUUGGGGUCUCCAAGGAUAAGAAAGAUGCAAAAGAGGUGAAAGGAAACCGAGAUUUUCUUGAUGUGUUACCUGAAAAGAGGAGACUAGAGGAUGGCGGGUAUUCAUCUGAUGAUGAGUCUUCAUGUUACAAAAGACACAAGAAGAUGGAAGAGGCUAAGUAUGAGGACUGGAAAUCUACAGUCGUUAAUUCUAUCAAGAAGAAUCCAGAAAGAGGAGCCAAGAAAGUUAUACAGACAAGUCUCAAUUUCACAAAGAAGACUGAGAACAAAGAGUUGCAAGUUGAUUCAUAG